CUCUCCAUAUCUCAUCCCAUCUUCGUAUUUUAAUUAACACUAAAAAUCCUUAGCCAUGGUGGUCACUACUAGGCUCUUGCUAGCUAUACUCUUCUCUGCUUUUCUCUUAUCUGCAGCAAAUGCAGUUAGAGAUUAUCAGGGUCAGAAAGGUCAGUACGGUCAGCGAGGCACUCGUUUGACUCAAGCUCAACAAUGCCGUUUACAAAGGCUCACUGCUAGCCAUCCCACCGACCGCAUAGAGUCAGAGGGCGGCGUCACUGAGUUGUGGGACGAGAACGAGGAGCAAUUCCAGUGCGCUGGAGUUGCUCCUAUGAGGCUUGUUGUUCGCUGUAAUUCUCUUUCUCUGCCUAACUUUCAUCCCAUGCCACGCUUGGUUUACGUCGAGCGUGGCCAGGGAAUACUUGGUAUUACCCACCCGGGCUGUGCUGAGACUUUCCAGUCUCAGCCACAGACCUUCCAGGCUGGCAGAGAGCCAAGGGGAGAGAGGGGCCAAGGCCGCAGAGGCGACCAGCACCAGAAAGUCCACCGCAUUCGCCAAGGUGAUAUCGUGGCAAUUCCAGCUGGCGCUGCUCAUUGGGCCUUUAACGAUGGUGAGGAAGAGUUUGUCGCCAUCAUGGUUAACGACCUCAACCAUCGGUCCAACCAGCUCGACCAGAACAUGAGGGCAUUUUACUUGGCUGGUGGAGUACCAGAAAGUGGGAGGCAAAGAACUCAAGCUGGUCUAAGACGACAGCAAAGCACGCAGAGGUUCCAGAACAUUUUCCGUGCUUUUGAUACAGAAUUGAUGGCUGAGGCCUUCAACAUUCCACAAGAGCUUGUGAGGAGGAUGCAAGAACAGAGCGAACGUGGAUUAAUUGUCAAUGUCAGGGAAGGAAUGAGCAUGAUUAGGUCCGAUGAAGAAGAAGAAGAAUUUGAAGAGCGUCCACGACGAGGACAACAGUGGUGGGAGGAAGUAAGUGGAAAUGGAUUGGAAGAAAACAUUUGCACAAUGAAAAUCCACACCAACAUUGAAACCCAAAGACAAGCUGACGGCUACUCAAGGCAAGCCGGGAAAGUUAACCAUGUCGGUCGCAUAAAACUUCCCGUCCUUAAGUACAUAGACAUGAGUGCUUCAAAAGUGAACCUAUAUCCGAAUGCACUGUUUAGCCCACAUUGGACACUGACCGGCCACAGCGUGCUAUACGUGCAAAGAGGAGAUGCGCAAGUGCAAGUAGUAGAUCACAGCGGGCAACAAGUGAUGAACGACAGAGUGAAUCAAGGAGAGAUGUUUGUAGUUCCUCAGUACUUCCCCGCAACUCUGAGAGCCGGGCAGAAUGGAUUUGAAUUUGUGGUGUUUAGGACAAGCAGUCAACCAAUGAACAACCAACUUGCAGGUUACACAUCAGUGAUUAGAGCAAUGCCUGUUGAGGUCCUUACACACGCCUACCAGAUUUCUCCGAAUCAAGCUCAGCGUUUGAAGACGAACCGGGGUGGAGAGAGUUUGCUGCUAUCUCCCCAGAGAAGGUUCUCUUAAAAUUGGCUUCAAUGUCUAUAUGUCUAUUAGUACCAAGUGUUUCUUGUUUCUGUUUCUAAGCAAGGAAAAUCCUGAGCAACUUGUACGAGAGCUUUGAUAAGAGCAAAUAAUAAUAAAAUUAAUAAAGUUCCUGCA